UUACACCAGGGGGCCGCCAUGUUGGCUGGGGGAUUGUGGGAUAGAUCCAACAUGGCGCUGCCCAUGUGCGGAAAAACUGCGAGCUGCCGACUUUUCAUGGUUUCCGCACCGAGAUGGGGCCUGGCCGUGGAGCAGGUUCGUACCGUGGUGUGGCACGAAACGUACCAAGAGCCUGUGGUGGAUAAGGAGUACUUCCGUAAGCCGGAGGAGAUUGACGGCCUGGCGCACACACGCCCCGUCAAGUCUGCCCUCCCCACACAGUCAACCUCCAUCUUCCACUACCCUGAAGUCACAAAGUUCACCAGCUACGUUAUGAAAAAAGGAGAAAGAGCUCUGGCCAGGUCCAUUGUAGAAAAGGCGUUCGAACACAUGAAGAGACACCAGAUAAAGAAGUACCACGAGGCCCCGCCCGAGGAGAAGCCGUACAUCGACUGUAAUCCCGUCCGCAUCUUCCACACGGCCAUCGAGAACUGCAAACCUGUGGUCGGCGUGCAAAGUGUCAAACGGGGAGGAAAAACCUACCAGGUUCCCACACCCCUAACAGACAAGAGGAGACGGUUCUUGGCCAUGAACUGGAUGAUCGCGGAGACCAGAGACAACAGAGACUGGCCGUCGCAGAGCUUUGCUAAAAAACUGUCCUCCAACUUAUUAGAAGCCUAUCAAGAACAGGGAAAGGUUGUCAGAAAGAAGUAUGAUCUCCACAAACUGGCCGAUGCCAACAAAGCCUACGGACACUUCAGAUUCUGGUAGAAGCGGGACAUUUGUGAUUAUAAGGAAUCAGACCAUGUUGAUUAAAUUUUGCUUAGAAUGGAUGAAAUCUACAUGUGCAUCAAUUUUCAUCCGUUUCCAAAAACAAGAAGUUUUUGAUGUAGAAAGGAGCUUCAAAAUUAGCAAAUGUAUGCUGUAAAUUGCAAUAAAGAUAUCAGAAAUUAGAUACCUACAUGUUUGUUGUAGAAUGCCAUAGUCAAUUCUGAGGAUGUGAAAGAAAAAAAAUGAAGAAUCUAUUGUUGGGUAGACCCAUACUGUGUGUGUUAAGGUAUUUGUUUAAGCUUCUGGCCACUUAGAUUUGAUAAUGAAGGAAGUAUUUUUUUUGGGGGGGGGAGGGAACUUUAUUUUUUAUUUGCACACUCGCAUCAGUUUUGGGUUCCCAGAGAAUGUCAUUCAAAUGAUCACAUCCACAUGGCCUUGUGGUAAAUUCUAGAAGAACCAGGUGAUACUUCAAGAAUGCAGGGACCUACUAAGUCUAAGAGAGCACCAUCUUCAGCAAUUAUAAGAUGUGACGGGGGAAAAGACCAAAUGGAACUGUACAACAAGGUACUACAUGCAUGUUUUAGGUGAAGUCACAAAAAUGGCAAAAUUUGUGCUGUAGUUGAGAACAAAAAAUCAGCAAAGAAAAAUAUGAAUGAAGAAGAUAUUUCUUUGUUCUGGAUAUUGACAAAUGCUGUAUAUGUUCAGACCAGUAGCAUUACAAGUGUUACCACCAACAAGACGUGUUGUAGUUAAGGACUGUAGUACAGUAAAAUCUUGUCAAGUAACCACCUCCAGGCGCACAAUAAACCACAUUGAAACAGUC